CAGGGACAGAAAAAGGAGACGCCUGAGCCAGCUCGCGGGUGCGCGGCACGGCUUCCGCCCCGCGCGGCCCCGCCUCCGUGACGCGCCGAGUGGUCACGUGACGGCCGCGCGCGUUCCCGGCCGCUGCGGGCUCCGAGGCCAGAGAGAAAAGACUGCGAGGUGGCCGCAGCUGUGGCCGGAGAGGUGGGAGUCGGAGCGAGGCCCUCUCGGGGGAGCAGGGUGAACGCCGGCCACUCCAGGAUCCUCACUCGGGGAGAGGAGGCAUACCUCGCGGUGUCACCUCCAGCCGCAACGUACUCCGGGUCGGCCUUGCGCUCAGGGCCUGAGAGGGGCGGCGGCGGGGUCAGGGGCCGCAUAAAGAAUGAACCAGCAGUGGAAGAGAAAAUACUGCAAGCUGGCUGACUGCUGAUGAAGAAAAUGCUUUAUUUUUAUGGCAGGCAUCUGUGGGAUCUGUAAUAGUAAUAAAAUUGCCAUCUUUUUGAGCCUUGUCUAUUGAGGAACCAAGAACACAGAAAAGGCAGUAAAAAGAAAAAAAAAAAAGGAUUGUUUUAAGAUUGGAUGUGCUGUGAUGAUAGCCUAGGAUUAUUGUUUUUCAAUUUUUGAUGAGCGGCAUCUUCAAUAUUCAUGUUAUUUUCUCCCUUGGUCUUAUGUGAUUGUUACCUUUAUGAAGCUUUAGUGAUUACAAAGCACUUUUUUUGUCCAUUUUUACCUGAGCUUUGUAAACUCUGAUUUGCAGGAUGGCUGGCUGUGGUGAAAUUGAUCAUUCAAUAAACAUGCUUCCUACAAACAGGAAAGCGAACGAGUCCUGUUCUAAUACUGCACCUUCUUUAACCGUCCCUGAAUGUGCCAUUUGUCUGCAAACAUGUGUUCAUCCAGUCAGUCUGCCCUGUAAGCACGUUUUCUGCUAUCUAUGUGUAAAAGGAGCUUCAUGGCUUGGAAAACGGUGUGCUCUUUGUCGACAAGAAAUUCCCGAGGAUUUCCUUGACAAGCCAACCUUGUUGUCACCAGAAGAACUCAAGGCAGCAAGUAGAGGAAAUGGUGAAUAUGCAUGGUAUUAUGAAGGAAGAAAUGGGUGGUGGCAGUACGAUGAGCGCACUAGUAGAGAGCUGGAAGAUGCUUUUUCCAAAGGUAAAAAGAACACUGAAAUGUUAAUUGCUGGCUUUCUGUAUGUCGCUGAUCUUGAAAACAUGGUUCAAUAUAGGAGAAAUGAACAUGGACGUCGCAGGAAGAUUAAGCGAGAUAUAAUAGAUAUACCAAAGAAGGGAGUAGCUGGACUUAGGCUAGACUGUGAUGCUAAUACCGUAAACCUAGCAAGAGAGAGCUCUGCUGACGGAGCGGACAGUGUAUCAGCACAGAGUGGAGCUUCUGUUCAGCCCCUAGUGUCUUCUGUAAGGCCCCUAACGUCAGUAGAUGGUCAGUUAACAAGCCCUGCAACACCAUCCCCUGAUGCAAGCACUUCUCUGGAAGACUCUUUUGCUCAUUUACAACUCAGUGGAGACAGCAUAGCUGAAAGGAGUCAUAGGGGAGAAGGAGAAGAAGAUCAUGAAUCACCAUCUUCAGGCAGGGUACCAGCACCAGACACCUCCAUUGAAGAAACUGAAUCAGAUGCCAGUAGUGAUAGUGAGAAUGUAUCAUCUGCAGUUGUUGCACAGCACUCCUUGACCCAACAGAGACUUUUGGUUUCUAAUGCAAACCAGACAGUAUCCGAUCGAUCAGAUCAAUCGGGAACUGAUCGAUCAGUAGCAGGGGGUGGAACAGUGAGUGUCAGUGUCAGAUCUAGAAGGCCUGAUGGACAGUGCACAGUAACUGAAGUUUAAAUAAAAAUGUCUUCAGCUCCAUGCUCAAGGUUGAAAAGGUUACCUGUAAAUUUAUGCCCGCAUAACAUUAUACUCAUCCCCAGUAGUGCAUUUUGGGAGUUGGGGUGGGAAGGGGUAUGGGAAGGAUAGACCCGUAAUCAAAAUGUCUAACAUGUCUCUGUUGAGAAAUUUAUUUAAUGUAAGGAACUUGGGUGUUAAUAGUUGAGAGCUGUUUAGUAAUAACCCAGUUUUCUCGAGGUCUGUUUACUUUAUAGUUUUUAAAAACUUAUGUUGUUCUUUUGGCCAGUGUGUUUGUAUUAUCUGUGCAUUAAUGGUCCUCAUCUGACUCCUGCAUUGUGUCUUAUUUUUCUGCAUGGAUUGGCAUAAGACCAUUACUAAAAUUUGGCACCUGUGAGAUGUUUGAUAUUAUGAGCAGGAAGCAUAAUUUAAUGUAAGAAUAGAUGUGAAUUUGGGAUUUCAAAAUAGAUGAAUAACUACUAUUUUAUAGUAAAGUUAUUGAUAUGGAAAUGAAAACAGCCAGUAACUUAUGUUUCAGAAUGUUUGUAACACACUUCAUGGCGUUCCCAUAGGCUUUGCUGUCUAGUCUUAUAGUUUGAGGUUUUUCUGGUCAGCAUUUUUCUUUUUGAUUACAAAAUUUAUAAUUUAAUAAAUACUAGAGUUUAUCAAAAACAAUUUGUCUCUUGUUUGAGUGUGGAAAGGGUGUGGAAACAUUUUGACAUUUGUGACCAAAGGUCACUUAAAAAGUGGUAGUUUUCAUUGGUUGUUUUCAGCUUUAAAUCACCUGCCCAGAAAAGUCUGAUUUUUUUUCUUAAGAGAUUAUUUAUUUAACAGAUUAUUAUUUAAACAGAACCUAUAGGCAGUGUGUAUAUAAUAAAUAUAUAUGGAAAUAAAA